GCUGCGGGAGGAGGUCACGGCGCAGGAAGAGCGUGCAGCUGCAGUUUGUGCAGUUUGUGGAGUUUCUGCAGUUUGUGCAGAUUGUGCAGUUUGUGCAGAUUGUGCAGAUGCGCCGUCUGCAGCGACGGGUCCCGUCGGCAGCGCUGCAGGGACGCCCUGAGCGCCGUUCUUUAUUUUGUGUUCGAGUUGCUCUGCCGUGCAGGUUCGUGCAGCAAGGCAGCCUGCGGGUCCUCUCCGGAAGGAGGACGGGGGAAGGUGUUGGGGAAAUGGAUUCAGAGCACUUCCUCUUCGUGUCCUGAGCUGUCUUCCCUCGGGCCUGGUAACGUUAGAACCGUCUGCAGGGGGGAGUCGGGUUUCGGUAGCCUGAUGCUGUAGUGCUGGCCAAGACAUGGGGAGUGGACACACGAGUGACCGGGGAGGACUGUGAGUGACCGGCGUGGAACGCAGAGACAUAAGAUGGACUCUGGUGCCGCUCCCGAGCCAGACCGGGUCGAGAUCAAAGAGGAGCAGGAGGCAAAGGAGAUAUCGCUGGCGCGGGACCCACAGGGGAGUCGCGCAGCGGAAGGCCCGAGCUCUCCAUCUUCCAAAGGCGGAUCGGACACCGAUGACUCGGACACGCUGUUGGAGGGCGAGAACGUGUACGAGGGACUCCACAUCGUGGUGAAGGAGGAGGAGGAGGAGGAGGAAGCCCCCGGCCGCGCUCCGGUGCAGGGCUCGCCCAGUCGCGGGGUCGGCCAGGGCACGGGCAAGGUCAUCACCGUGGUGGCGGUGACGGACCGGCUCUCCAAGGCCAGCGGGGUGCAGCGGCUGUACCACUGCUUCGAGUGCGGGCAGGUGCUGGACCCGCGCGGGCUGGGCGCUCAGGGGCACGCCUGCGCCGCAGGCAAGGGCGCGGGCGGCGGGGACACGCGGAGCCCGCCGGGCACCAAGCCCCACGUGUGCGCGGAGUGCGGGAAGGGCUUCGAGUGGCUGCAGUCGCUGAAGGAGCACCGGCGCGUCCACACGGGCGAGCGGCCCUACCGCUGCCAGCUCUGCGGCAAGAGCUUCCUGUCCUCCGGCCACCUGCGGCAGCACCAGCAGACGCACGCCGACAGCAAGCCGCACCAGUGCGCCGCCUGCGGCAAGCGCUUCUCGCGCGCCAAGAACCUGGAGGUGCACCAGCGCGUGCACACGGGCGAGCGGCCCUACCUGUGCGCCGUGUGCCACAAGAGCUUCCCCUACUCCUCCACGCUCAAGCAGCACCUGCGCACGCACACGGGCGAGCGGCCCUUCCAGUGCGCCGCCUGCGGCAAGCGCUUCGCCCGCGCCAAGAACCUGAAGGUGCACGAGCGCGUGCACACGGGCGCCAGGCCCUACCGCUGCGGCGUGUGCGGGGAGAGCUUCGCCUACGCCCCCACGCUCAAGACGCACGAGCGCACGCACCCCUGAGGCCCCGCUGCACCCCAGCAGACGGGCAGUGGCCCCAGAUAGGCAGGGUUGUUCCCAGUUUCUGGUCUCGUACUUUAACACCCUUUCUACAGGACUCCCUCUCCAGCCUGGCGGCAGAUCACUGUCGUUUUCAGAAUUAAACCCGGAUCCAAGUUC